UUAAUAUUAUACUACAAUAAAACGAUGACACGUGUCAACAGUAACUUGUAAAACCAAUAAAACAACGUCCUGUGUAAAGUGUGGUUUAAAAAAAACAAAAAAAAUAAAAUAAAUACGGAGUACAAAGUACAGUAUUUAGGGGGAAAAAAAAACGUUUCCAAAAGGAUAUUGGAGGUAUUCACGUGCACCCCUCCCUGUCUCUUUCCUCCAUUGAAGCGGCUACUCUGAAUUCUCCGUUGAAGCGGCUUGUGAGCUUUCUCUCUUCCAUUGAAGCAUAGGAUGGAACUUUGAAAAUGGAAUUUUUCUCCCUGGGCUCAGGGCGGCCUCUCUUCCUGCCCUGGCUCAGGGACGGGCCUGCGUACUUACUGUACUCAGGUUAGCUAUUGCUACCCUGCUUGCUGUUUUGGUGGGAACUUUGCGAGUUUGCUUAGAGGAAUCAGUGAGUACCUUACUAUUGAUGAUUUUUUUGGCUUCCUUUCAAGGGUUGUGCAUAGUCUUCACUUGCUCUCUGUAUUUCAUGUCACUUCACUAGGGAAGAAGCAUCUAUAUUCUGGUGUUUAAGAUGGCAUUUUAUUCAGAGGAACAAACUACUGAGGAUUAUCUCUUUAAGAUAGUAUUAGUUGGUGAUUCUGCUGUUGGGAAGUCUAAUUUGCUUGCAAGAUUUGCUAGAGAUGAGUUUUACCCAAAUUCAAAGUCUACUAUAGGUGUAGAGUUUCAAACGCAGAAGAUGGAGAUAAAUGGAAAGGAAAUCAAAGCUCAAAUUUGGGACACUGCUGGUCAGGAGCGGUUCAGAGCUGUUACAUCAGCAUAUUACAGAGGUGCAGUUGGGGCUCUUUUGGUGUAUGAUAUCAGUAGACGCCAAACAUUCAAUAACAUUAGCAGAUGGCUUAAUGAACUUCACACGCAUUCCGAUAUGAAUGUGGUUACAAUACUCGUAGGGAACAAAUCGGAUCUCAAGGAUGCAAGAGAGGUGUCAACUGCUGAAGGGAAGGCUUUGGCAGAGGCACAAGGCCUGUUCUUCAUUGAGACUUCUGCCUUAGAUUCAUCCAAUGUGGCUGCUGCUUUCCAGACCGUUGUUAUAGAGAUCUAUAACAUCUUAAGCCGUAAAGUUAUGCAAUCCCACGAGUUAAAGAAGAAUGAUUUAUCGUCCUUGAGUAAUGGCAGGACAGUCGUUCUGCAAGGAGACGAAAAUACCACCGUGGAACAACCAAAAAAGGCUGGAUGUUGCAGUUCUUAACUCGGAAAUGUGAUGCCUAUGCUGUUGUCCUGAUGCUUCUGGAAACUAAAUCAUUUGUGGUUAUUUCAUUCAUUUAUUACUGGAUGCUAUCGUGAAAGUAUGGAAGACUAAAAUUGUAAAUUUUAUUGAAGAUUAGUAAAAUUUCUAGUCUUUGUGGUGUAGGUUGCUGUAUAUUCAUCUGUAUUUUGCCUGCAUGAUUAAAUUGCCUUACAGUGAAAAUGUAAUAACUACUCCGUAUGUAGUCAUGAAAAAGCAGACACCAGUUCAUCACAACGAUGACAUGGUUGUUCUUUA